GCGACGCAUUUGCCAUUCAGACAUUCAGUUGUGCAUGCUGGCUCGGGCACCUGCUUCGAUCUCUUCUUCUGAAGAAGAAAAAAGAAGAGAUUGAUCAGCUUUAGAGCUAGCUUUCACCCUGCUUCGUUUUUUUUUUUUUGUUUUAGUGUGUGUCUCAAGGAGAGAGAUUUGUAAGUGCAAGCUAGGAGCUUAAGGGAGCAUAGAUAUAUAUAAGAUGGAGGAUUUGGCGAAAUUCUUGUUUGGAAUUGCUGGCAAUGUCAUCGCGCUCUUUCUUUUCCUAUCCCCUGUGCCUACUUUCUGGAGGAUUAUUCGGAGGAAAUCAACAGAGGAUUUCUCUGGGGUGCCAUACAACAUGACACUCAUCAACUGCCUCCUCUCUGCAUGGUACGGGCUGCCGUUCGUGUCCCCGAACAACAUGCUGGUGUCGACGAUCAACGGCGCCGGCGCUGUGAUCGAGACGGCGUACGUGGUGGUGUUCCUCGUCUUCGCGUCCAGCCACAAGACGCGGCUCCGGAUGGCCGGCCUCGCGUCGGCCGUCGCGUCGGCGUUCGCGGUGGUGGCGCUCGUCUCCCUGCUCGCGCUCCACGGCCAGGGCCGCAAGCUCUUCUGCGGCGUCGCUGCCACCGUCUGCUCCAUCUGCAUGUACGCCUCCCCUCUCUCCAUCAUGAGGCUGGUGAUCAAGACGAAGAGCGUGGAGUACAUGCCGUUCCUGCUGUCGCUGGCGGUGUUCCUGUGCGGCACGUCGUGGUUCAUCUACGGCCUCCUCGGCCGCGACCCCUUCGUCACGAUCCCGAACGGGUGCGGGAGCUUCCUGGGCGCCGUGCAGCUGGUGCUCUACGCCAUCUACCGCAAGAACAAGGGCGGCGCCGGCGCCGGCGGCAAGCAGGCCGACGACGACGGCAACGACGUGGAGAUGGCCGAGGGGAGGAACAACAAGGUCGCCGACGGCGGCGGAGCGGAGGACUCGACGACGCCCCGCAAGGCGGACACCACGGUGUAGGCAAGCUAGCUAGCCACUAGCUACUAGCGGAAUGCUAUUGCUAGAUCGAUCAAUGAGCAAGACGAGUAGCUAGCUCAGUAUUAUGAUGUAACUACGUUUUGUGAUUAACCUAAUAGUAUGAUGUAAUGCGCACGAGGUAACGAGAGUAUGUAUCCAUGUGUGAAAA